AUAGUUGAGAACGUCAAUUGGAACAAAAGAGACUUUUCCAUUGAGCAAAAAGUGAUUUUCUCUCCAGUUCACUUCUUUUCUCCACCUUUUGCAAAUCCCUUCAGCAGUGUCGUAAAUUGUGAUGAAUAUGCCAUCAUUCCCGCUCUUUUUUAUCCUUAUCCUCCUCACCAUUUGCCCCAGUGAUGGUAUCUAUCGGAUCAGACGUCGAGAGAGAUGUCCCAAGGUGAAAGCCAUGAGGAACUUUGAGCUGUCGGAAAUGAUGGGAUACUGGUACGUGAUUCAGUAUUUUGCCUCUACGGAAGAAGCUCCAGAGUAUUCCUGCAUGAGGAGCAUCUUUGAUUUCUCCUAUGAAGAUCUUACGGUGACAAUGAACUUCACGUAUAUCUACGCAGAUGAUCCACUCCAUGAGCUUCAGCAGGGAAAUAUUACGUGGAUUAUACCUAAUUUUGCAACAUCUGCUCACUGGGUGCACACCGAAGACAUUUAUGAAGGAAUUUACAACACUUACAUAAUUGACACUGAUUACAAGUCAUGGGCCCUGAUAAUGCACUGUGCUGAGAAGACAAAAGAUCCACCAAGAUAUCUAUCAGCACUUCUUCUGUCGCGGGAGCAACAUCUUGGGAUCAAUGUGAUUAAUUUUCUAAGGGAGAAAUUACCAAGGUACGACAUUGAUAUCUCAUUCAUGUUCCCAAUUGAACAGGAGAAAUGUGACGAAAGUGGCUCCAAAUCAACGGGACUUGGUGUUAAGCAACCGAUGAAAGUAAUCCACAAAUAAGUCCGCUUCUUCGUUAAUUCGCUCAUUUUCACUGGGUGUACCAAAUCUUUUUGGUCAUAUGGAGGAAUUCUUUUGCCUCUCGCAAAAGAUAGUAAUACAAUGUUGAGCAUUAAAGUAUGAUGGUAAGCAUGUGUUCUUGUGGUAAUUGAUCCCCCUUUCAGCAAUUUUAACUUUCUUCGCUAGAUCAUUUUUUUUCUUUCGUUCCUUUUCUUUUCUCUAUCUUCAUGAGUCAUUUGCAAAAAAAGCUCUCAAAUUGAUUCCAAAGCAAUUGUCCAAGAAGUAAAACAAUGUAAUAAUAAAGAAGAAAUUGGUGGGAAUGAAAGAAGUUGCUCUUAAUUUAAGAUUUAUUUUCUCAAUCAAAUAAAUUAUCGUUUUGUUGAUCUACAAGAGAUAACAUUUUUGAUGAAUUUGCUAAGAAAGUAAAUAGUAGAGUUACAGGACAGAAUAGAGGGGAUUCCUAUAUAGUUGCUACUGCAUAAGGUAAAAAAAUAAAUUAGCGGAAUCCAUUAAGGGAAAGUGCCUUUUCUCGGUCCCAAGCUUUAUAAUGGCUAAAUUUUUCCUAUGUUUUUCAAUAAAUAUGACUCAUCGUACCCAGAUUUUAAAAACUAAGGGAAAGUGUCUUGUUUUUAAAUUGCAGAUUCACAUUUAUUGAGAAACAUAGGGAAACUUCAGUCAUUAUAAAGCUUGGGACCGUGAAAAGGAUGGGCACUUUCCUCUAAUGCUCAAAGAAAGUUCUAAUUUAUUUCUUUUUAUUUAAAUUGGAUAUCAUCUUUUAAAAUUUAAAAUAUGAAGCGUGUCCACGAUAAGAUUGUUCCCAAGAAUAAUGCUUUAAAAAUGAAGUCUACAUAAUAUUAACAAAGAAAGAAAUAUAUUUUUUGAAACUUUAA